AAAAACAGCCGCAGUUAGGCGGCCACUCGGCGCAACGAGAGCACGGGUCCGCGCCGCCCUCCGUACUCGAACGAACGAUCUCCUUUCUUCGGCCUACGAUACGAGGGAAGGAGCUAUACGAUCGAUCUGACGGGAUACAUUCGAAAAAAACACGCCGAAAUGGAGCCGAUAGAUUUGAGCAGCCUCAUCCCGCCGGAGUUGUGGUUUCAGCAGUUUGUCACUCUGGAUGGCCUGAACUCUGGUGUACCUACAAGAACUACAGCUACACUGACUCCCACCACACUACGUAAUAUUGAACAAACAUUGAUUGAUCUGGAGUGUGAGGUCAGCUCUCAUCAAAACGAGGCUGGCUUCGUCCCUCCCGUUGUGCAGCCAGUAUCACAAGUUGGCGGCACGUACAUGAGUCUCUUGGAAAGCAAACCCGCAUGGCAAGCAGAUGUGGGUCAACAAGCUGCUCGUCCCACUGUUGUUACAACUGCUUCAGUAUUACCAACAACAGUGGCCACCACUGCUACAAUUCCAGUCACUGCUGCUAGUAUUACUGCAGCUCCACGUCGUAAUGUAGGCGGGCGGCGGCCGACGAAGAAUACUGGGAUUUCGCCUGAGGAGGAGGAGAGAAGACGUGUGAGGCGUGAACGAAACAAAAUGGCUGCUGCCAGAUGCCGAAAGAGGAGACUGGAUCAUACAAAUGCUUUAUUGCAGGAAACAGAGGGGUUGGAGCAGAAGAAACAAGGUUUACAAUUGGAAAUUCAGCAACUUACGCAACAGAAAGAAGACUUAGAGUUCUUAUUGGAAGCUCACCAGAGACACUGCCGACUGAAUGGAACAGCUGGAUCGUGCUCACCUCUCGAAGUCAAGCCGUUCGAUUAUCGUCCGCCGACAUCAGUCAGUGAGGAGAUGUGUGUGAAACGUGAAACGGAUGAGGAUCCUCAUGGACCACCUCCAGCCAAACGAUUAGCACCAGAACCAUCACUGCCGGGGCCUGUUGCAGGUACCGGUGGUGUAGCCAAGCCGCCGAGGCCAAACUCGUUGCCUGUAGCGGCCGCUUUCACCCCCGCUGCUGGGACACUUAAAGUGGCAGCAUCUGUGUCUGAGGUUGCAGGUGUUCCUGUCACUACACCUUCAGCUGGAAUGCCAUUCAACUUUGAUUCACUUAUGGAAGGGGGAACCGGCCUCACGCCUGUGUCAGCACCUCUCAUUCCCUCUUGCUCAAGCCAGCAACGCAACAGUGCCGACUUGGCUUCUCCAGAUGCUGUUCCUGCGAAGCUUGUGUCUUUGUGAUGGCGCGCCUCGCCGCUUGUCGGCACGGGCCUCCGUCUGCUACUCCUCUCUCCGUGAGGUCUGCUUGAACCUUCCUGCACGGUCGACGGCUGCAUCCUGUUCUUAGGUGUCGCCUAAUUUGUAGUCAGGAAGACUGCUGCUUUAUAAUGUGUUUUGUAUUCUCGUCUUCUGAUUUAAGUGUAAUUGUAUUACAUAAAUUAUUCCCUCCAUGGUUUUUUACAAUACAUAUUUUCUACAAAGUUGUCUAUUUUGAUAUGCAGAACUUAUUAUGUGCGUUCAAGUAAUGGCAGAAAGAUGGCAUCUAGUGCUCUGCGAGUGCAUUUGAAAUUCAGUAAUUAGUACUAGAAUUGUGAUCAGUCACUAGAGCACAGAAGCAAGUUCUUGAUAGCUGUUUGCACAAUGAAUUGUGGACAUUGUGUAGGUUUUGUAUGAGAAGGACACUCUGAUUGUAAGAUUAAAAUUGCCAUUUGAUUUACUGGCCAUAUCCAAAUUGUUAGGAAGUUUUGUCAAUUUAGCUCAUUGACACAGUCCAAAAAAGUAAAAUUUUAUCACACUUCGUAAGCAGACACAUCACCCAAGUGCUUUUAUCUUUCAAUUUUAUGAACAUUCACUAUUUUCCUAGUAAAAUUGUGAAUUAAUUGUACAUAAUGAAGCGAAUGUCAUUAUGAAAUGAAAUGUAUGUGAAAUCCUAGUCUGUACUAUAGAUAUUGUACUUAAUAUAUACGCGUACAUGAAAAAUUGAAAACAGCUCAAUAAUUAAGUAAUAAUUUAAUAUACAGGCGUAACUUACAAUUCGUCUUCCAACAAUUGGAGAAUGAGAUUUUUAUAUCGCAAUUGCAUGUUGUAUUUAAUUUUGUGAUGUGCAUUAUGGUCAUAAUGUGAAUAAAAAGAAAGCUUUGAUACAGAAUAGUGUAUUACUGGUCCUAUAAUAGAGAAGAAAUCUGUAGUUUUAGUAGUGAAAUUUCAAAUACUUCUGUGGGAACAAAAGUAAAAAUGUGUUGUGCCUUUUGUAAAUAAAUAGCCAGAGCACAUGAUAGAAAAAACUGCUUGUUCCACACACAGAAAGUAGCCCUGAUGCAUUUUAUAUUAGCUGGUCAAUGCUGAUAACUGCGAGUUUGUUUCAUGGGCGCCUAAUAACUGCCACCAGUUGUGAACAUCACUACAGCUGUAUAUAAUAGAGGGAAACAUUCCACGUGGGAAAAAUAUAUUUAAAAACAAAGAUGAUGUAACUUACCAAACGAAAGCGUUGGCAUGUUGAUAGACACACAAACAAACACACACACACACAAAAUUCAAGCUUUCGCAACCAACGGUUGCUUUGUCAGGAAAGAGGGAAAGACGAAAGGAGUACACACACAUAUGAAUUAUUUAUGUAUGAGUAAAAGCUUCCCGUGGUAGGACAACAUGUAAACAGAUCUUUUACUUCAAUGUUCAGUAUUAAAAAACCAUAAAGAGAAACAGUAAAUGAAAAAGACAAUUUUCAAGCAUUGCUUGGUAAUUUGAUGGGUUGCUGCCUCUUUUCAUUACAGAUCUCUGGCUAACAAAUGCAGGUUGGACAAAGCUGUUAUUAAAGUUAGUAUUUGUUUUAUUCAUAGAGGCUGUUGGGCCUUGGCUGAUCUACUAUGUGAAAUAUGAAGGAAAAACAUCCACACUGCCACAGUUUGGUUAUUAAAAUGUGUGAAGCAUUAAAAGUGCUUCUGCUUCUUAAGAUGUUAUUUUGUCAUCAUUUCUCAGUGGCAGUUUCCACAAGUCCUGUUACACAAAUACACUUUACUUUGAUGGCGAAGCAAUCGUGACUAAUCGUUUAUAGUAAAAUUACUUAGGGUGUCUGCUUCUGUUAUCUGUAGUACCAUUAGUUCUUAGGGCAAGCAGCAAAUGAUUUAACUACUUGUCCAGAACUCAUUCAUAAUGAGACAGUUUUAAUGGUUCACCAUAUUAAAGACAUUUAUGACCCACUUGGCAUGAAUCAGUAAUAUAUUAUAUCCACACAGGCAAAAGAAAAAGGGGAUGUGGGCACAUACUAUUCGUUAUGCUUUAGUGUGUUCUGUAUCAAAUGAAGUACUGAAAGAGUAAUCACUGUCUCUUGAUUUGAGUUCUCAGUGACACUGUAAGUACUAUUUCCAGUGACAUACAAUAAGAUGAAAUCAUGCCCUGAAGGUAAAACUAUAUUGAUAACAAAUACACAAACUGUCUAAAGUGUGUCAGGGUUUUGGUUAAAAACGUGCAAGGUGACUUACCUCACUGCCUUUCUUUGUGUUAGACGUGGCUAACAGUACUUUGUUAAGUUAAAAAAAUAUGUGCAUCUUUCUCCGCUACUGCAAGUGUUCAGAAGAUGAGAUCUAAUAGAAGACUGAAAUUUUUAUUUAAAUGAUGAGAUAAAGUACUUUGGCUAACAUGGUUAAAAGAUCUGCAUUAAAGAGCUCAUAUAGCCCACACAACUUUACUCUUCCAGGUAGUUUUUUGAUAAUGUUUAUGUAUCAAAUAAAGAAUGAAUGCAGUGGAUUCAGUUAUCAAUAGUAAAUGUCAGCAAGAAAGCCGUUCCUGAUAAAAUCAGAGGCUGCUGUGCAUGACUGAGAUUUGAACCUGGUGCAAGUGCUCUUCCUGCUCAGUGGCCCAUGGAAACUUUGUGAACCAGCUUGCAGCUCCAUCCUGCUAUUCCAUUUCAUUAUUACUUCAGAGGGUGUACUAUAGAACCAAAGAUUUAAGCAUUUGACAAGUCAUAUGAAAAAGGUGAUACAAAUUAAAAUUCAGAUUUCAGACUUGUGUUGUUUCUUUGUAGCAGUGUUUGUUCAAAUCAUACAUAAAAAUUACACCAAGGAUGCAAUUGAUGACUGAACUGCAGCGUUCAUCAUAUGUUCUGGUCUAAUUCUCAGUGCUUCCUCUGCAUGAGAAGAGUCACUUUGUUGAACAUUUGUGACAAAUUGAAACUGUCCAUGUGCCCAGUUUUAUGACAUGGAAGAUUAUGUUCAGUAGACCUGGCUUAUAUCCCAGUACAGCAAACAGUUUUAACCUGUGAUAAAUUUUCGGUUCAGUGAAUAUUUUAUCAUAAAUAAAAUAUUUCAGUUAAGGAUCAUAACAGUUUAAUAUUUGCAGUUUGAAAAUACACAAGAAAAGAGUAGCUUGUACCCACAUGAAUAUUAACUACCAUAUUAACUCUCAGUGCAAAUAUCUAUAAUUAAAAAUAACUAAGCAUGAUCAGUCCAUACAAUUUGUAUGGCUGAGAAACAGUGUGAAGUAUAAUGGUGUAAUUCUUGGAGUAUUCAUGUUUUUGAUAAUACAGUUUUUAAUAUAUGUUCGGCUCUGAGUUUGUUUCUUUCACAUAUUUUGUCGCAUGAAAUGUGGCAAGUAAUAAACAAUUUAAAAAGG